AUUUUGCGAGCUCCUCGUCCCGUCUGUACGGGAAACUGUCUUCACUCUGCACUGCUCAGCUACACGGAGGCGGACUGGCAGCCCUGAGCGUCGCAGUCAUGCCGGCUGGACCGGUGCCGGCGGUGCCUCCGCCGCCUCCCGUGGCCGCCGAGCCCAAACAGCCAACAGAAGAAGCGGCAUCCUCGAAGGAAGAGUCGACCCCUUCCAGGCCAGUGGUGGGGAUUAUUUACCCUCCUCCUGAGGUCAGGAACAUCGUUGACAAGACUGCCUGCUUUGUGGCCAGAAAUGGACCUGAAUUCGAAGCCAGGAUUCGACAAAAUGAGAUCAACAACCCCAAGUUCAACUUUCUUAAUCCCAAUGACCCUUAUCAUGCAUACUACCGCCACAAGGUCAGCGAGUUCAAGGAGGGGAAGGCGCAGGAGCCCUCGGCUGCCAUCCCCAAGGUCAUGCAGCAGCAAGCUACCCAGCAGCAGCUGCCUCAGAAGGUUCAAGCCCAGGUGAUUCAAGAGACCAUUGUGCCCAAAGAGCCCCCUCCUGAGUUUGAGUUCAUCGCAGAUCCCCCCUCCAUCUCUGCCUUCGACCUGGACGUGGUGAAGCUGACGGCUCAGUUUGUGGCCCGGAAUGGACGCCAGUUCCUGACACAGCUAAUGCAAAAGGAGCAGCGCAACUACCAGUUUGACUUUCUCCGCCCGCAGCACAGCCUCUUCAACUACUUCACAAAGCUAGUGGAGCAGUACACCAAGAUCUUGAUUCCACCAAAAGGCUUACUCACAAAACUUAAGAAGGAAGCUGAGAAUCCUCGAGAAGUCCUGGAUCAGGUGUGCUACCGAGUGGAGUGGGCCAAGUUUCAGGAGAGGGAGAGGAAGAAGGAGGAGGAGGAGAAGGAGAAGGAGCGGGUGGCCUAUGCCCAGAUUGACUGGCAUGAUUUUGUGGUGGUGGAAACCGUGGACUUCCAGCCCAGUGAGCAAGGGAACUUCCCUCCUCCCACCACCCCUGAGGAGCUGGGCGCCCGAAUCCUCAUCCAGGAGCGCUAUGAGAAGUUUGGGGAGAGUGAGGAGGUCGAGAUGGAGGUCGAGUCUGAUGAGGAGGACGAGAAACAGGAGAAGACGGAGGAGCCUCCUUCUCAGCUUGACCAGGACACUCAAGUCCAGGACAUGGAUGAGGGUUCAGACGAUGAAGAAGAAGGGCAAAAAGUGCCCCCGCCACCGGAGACACCCAUGCCUCCACCUCUGCCCCCUACCCCAGAUCAAGUUAUUGUCCGCAAGGACUAUGACCCCAAAGCUUCCAAGCCUCUGCCUCCAGCCCCCGCUCCAGAUGAGUACCUCGUGUCCCCAAUCACUGGCGAGAAAAUCCCCGCCAGCAAAAUGCAGGAGCACAUGCGCAUUGGGCUUCUGGAUCCCCGCUGGCUAGAGCAGCGUGAUCGCUCCAUCCGAGAGAAGCAGAGUGAUGAUGAGGUGUAUGCGCCAGGCCUUGACAUCGAGAGCAGCUUGAAGCAGUUGGCGGAGCGGCGUACUGAUAUCUUCGGUGUGGAGGAAACCGCUAUCGGGAAGAAGAUUGGCGAGGAGGAGAUCCAGAAGCCAGAGGAAAAGGUGACCUGGGAUGGCCACUCAGGAAGCAUGGCCCGAACUCAGCAGGCUGCCCAGGCCAAUAUCACCCUCCAGGAGCAGAUUGAAGCCAUCCACAAAGCCAAGGGCCUGGUGCCAGAAGAUGACACCAAAGAAAAGAUUGGCCCCAGCAAGCCCAAUGAAAUUCCCCAGCAGCCACCACCUCCCUCCUCAGCUACCAACAUCCCCAGCUCAGCCCCACCCAUUACCUCGGUGCCCCGACCCCCCGCAAUGCCGCCUCCUGUCCGCACCACCGUGGUGUCUGCAGUACCUGUCAUGCCCCGGCCACCAAUGGCCUCUGUGGUCCGAUUGCCUCCGGGUUCAGUGAUCGCCCCCAUGCCGCCCAUCAUCCACGCACCUAGGAUCAACGUGGUGCCCAUGCCUCCCUCAGCUCCACCAAUCAUGGCACCCCGCCCACCCCCCAUGAUUGUACCAACAGCCUUUGUGCCAGCUCCACCUGUGGCACCUGUCCCAGCUCCAGCCCCAAUGCCCCCUGUCCACCCUCCGCCCCCCAUGGAAGAUGAGCCGACCUCCAAGAAGCUGAAGACGGAAGACAGCCUGAUGCCCGAGGAGGAGUUCCUGCGCAGAAACAAGGGUCCGGUGUCCAUCAAAGUCCAGGUGCCCAAUAUGCAGGAUAAGACGGAAUGGAAACUGAAUGGGCAGGUGCUGGUCUUCACCCUCCCACUCACAGACCAGGUCUCAGUCAUCAAGGUGAAGAUCCAUGAAGCCACAGGCAUGCCCGCUGGAAAACAGAAGCUGCAGUAUGAGGGCAUAUUCAUCAAGGACUCCAACUCCCUGGCCUACUAUAACAUGGCGAAUGGUGCUAUCAUCCACCUGGCCCUCAAGGAGAGAGGUGGGAGGAAGAAGUAGACGAGAGGAAACCUGCCGCCAAGUCCCAGCCACUGCCAUGACCUCUCCUGCCCUCCCCUCCCCCUUCACUCCUUAAAACCCCUAAACCCAGAAGGCUUACCUGGGCCCUUGGGCCCGGCCUGCACGUUGAUUCCCUCUUAACUCGGUGUGGAUGUUCAGGUCACCCCGUUGGUAGGUAGUGUGUGUAGCAGGCCUGGCUCACCCUCCUCUUCAGUGGUCUCCAGAAUCCCUUGUGUCGAGUCUUGAUUGGAUUUCUUCAGGAUGCCCAUUAGGAUAUGAGAGCCCCAAGCUGUCGUCCCCUUCCCCCCCAAUAGCCGGUAGUGCCAGGUGGCACUAGGCUGAGGGAAUACGGUUGUUGUCAUCAUUGAUAAUUUUAUAUGUUCCCAUGAGCUAUCAAUAAAACUCUUGGUCCCUUGUGA